UCUCCUUCUCCUUCUCCUUCUCCACUUGGCGGCCAAAUUUUCCUGUAAAAAUUUCAGAGGCUCAUAAAAUUCAUGGCUGAGAUGGAGAGAAAUUCUUGUCCCACGCAGCUUGUUGCCGGAAACGGCGAGUUCAAUUCACCCGGGUUGCGAGAUUUCAUCAAUUCCGUCAAGCUCAGCGAGUGUGGCCUCUCGUAUGCGGUUGUUGCAAUUAUGGGCCCACAGAGCAGCGGGAAAAGCACACUGUUGAAUCAUCUAUUUUUUACGAACUUCAGGGAGAUGGAUGCUUUCAUGGGAAGGAGCCAGACAACAAAGGGAAUAUGGAUAGCCAAGGCCGUUGGCAUUGAGCCAUUCACAGUUGUCAUGGACUUGGAGGGUACAGAUGGCCGUGAAAGGGGUGAGGAUGAUACUACAUUUGAAAAACAAAGUGCGCUGUUUGCUCUAGCAGUUGCAGACAUUGUUCUCAUAAACAUUUGGUGCCAUGAUAUUGGUCGGGAGCAGGCAUCCAAUAAGCCCCUUCUAAGAACUGUUUUUCAGGUUAUGAUGCGCCUGUUUAGUCCUCGUAAAACAACGCUUCUCUUUGUCAUACGUGACAAAACAAAGACCCCAAUCGAAUAUUUGGAGCCUAUUUUGAGAGAGGAUAUACAGAAGAUAUGGGAAAAAGUUCCUAAGCCCAUGGCAUACAAGGACACUCCUCUCAGUGAAUUUUUUUAUGUGGAAGUUACUGCCUUGCCGAGCUAUGAGGAGAAGGAAGAACAAUUUAAAGAACAGGUAGCCCAACUCAGGCAGCGGUUUUUCCACUCAAUAUCACCUGGAGGGCUUGCUGGUGAUAGAAGAGGUGUUGUCCCUGCUUCUGGAUUUUCUUUUAGUGCAGAGCAUAUAUGGAAAGUUAUCAGAGAAAAUAAGGACCUUGACCUUCCUGCUCAUAAGAUCAUGGUUGCUACUGUUCGGUGUGAAGAGAUUGCCAACGAGAAGUUCAAUCGGUUGGCAUCGGAUAAGGAUUGGCUGACUAUUGAAGAAGCUGUACACUCUGGAGCUGUUUCAGGCUUCGGGAAAAGUAUAAGCUCAAUCUUGAAGAAAUACCUCUCAGAAUACGAUAUGGAAUCUACAUAUUUCGAAGAAGAUGUGAAAAAUGCUAAACGCCAGUAUCUGGAGUCUAAAGUGUUGCAGUUGGUCCGUCCCGCUUAUGUUGCCAUGUUGGGCCACCUACAUGUUGCCAUAGAGCAAGCUAAUUGGGAUGCUUCCAAAGUACGUGAAAAGCUUAAUCGUGAUAUUGAAGAUCAUGCAUCUCAUGUCCGUAGUGAGAGAUUGUCACAAGUAGUAGCUGAGUUUGAGGAACGACUUUCUGCAGCACUCAUCGACCCACUAGAGGCCCUUUUUGAAGGUGGUGGGACAGAUACAUGGGAUUCUAUCAGAAAUCUCGUGAAGCGCGAGAGCAAUAAAGCUGCAUCUUCCUUUUCAUGUGUGAUUGCUGGUUACGAGUUGGAUCAGUCAACUGUUGACAAAAUGGUGAAUAAUUUGAAGGAAUAUGCGAGAAAGUUGGUGCGGAACAAAUCUAAAGAGGAGGCUGGAAAAGUUCUGAUUCGCAUGAAAGAUAGAUUCGCUACAGUCUUUAACCACGACAAGGACUCCAUGCCGAGGCUUUGGACAGGAAAAGAAGACAUUAGAGCAAUCACUAAGGAGGCCCGUUGUGAGGUCCCGCCAGAAAAUACUUUGAUCACACCAGUUCAGUGCAAAGCCUUGUGGAAACAGUUUAAGGCCGAAACAGAGUACACAGUCACCCAAGCAAUUUCGGCGCAGGAGGCGUACAAGCGAAGCAACAAUUGGUUACCUCCACCUUGGGCUAUCCUUGCAAUGAUUGUUCUUGGUUUCAAUGAAUUCAUGCUUCUUUUAAAGAACCCUCUGUACCUCCUUGUGAUAUUUGUCUCGUUCUUGCUCGGGAAAGCAGUAUGGGUGCAGAUAGAUAUUCCGGCAUUGUUCUCUAACGGCUUUGUUGCUGGGCUUAUAGCCCUCUCGACAAGAUUCCUUCCAACUGUCAUGAAUAUAUUGACUAGACUUGCUGCUGAAGGCCACGAACAAGCACCACCUACGCAACACUUUGAUUCUCGGAGUUUCAAGAAUCAAACGCCACAAUCAGAUUCUGAAUCUAGUUCAGUACCAGAUUCAUCUGUCUCGACUGAAACGAGUUCGGAAUACUCGAACCCCCAGGUUAGACACAGAAGAUUAGCUCAUACACAAGAAUUUCAAAUCUCUUGAUUAAAAAUAAAGGAAAAAAAAAAAGGGUUUUUCAAUUUGUAUAUAGCUCUUAAAUAAUGUCUAAAUAACAGAGUUCACUGUGAUGCUAUCUAAUUAUGGUAAAAUUGUAUGUCCAAACUUGAACCUCCCUCUGUUGUAUACUGAUGUUGUGUUAUGAUUUACCUAUACAUCUUUGAGCUUCAUUUUAUUAGAUUUAUG